AUGGGAUACCAAUUGGAUCGUCGAUUAAGGGCACAACAACGAAGCCAAGCAGAAGAGUCGACUGUUGAGCUGAACAAUGAAAACGAGAUUCGAAGAAGUCCGAGAAGAAAUGAUGAAGAUGAGCACGAUUUGGAAGAUUUAGAGACAAGGCUCCGAAGCAGUCCACGUUUGGCGAUACUUUUGAAGAAUCCAUCAAUCCAUUCGCUUCUCUCAAAUCGCCGACUUCACGAUGAGCCACUUGGUCGAUCACUGUCGGAUCGAUUCGUCAAAAAUACGAAUCUUUUGGAAGACUUUGGGACGAGAUCAGCGUUAGCAUUGGGAAUCAAUGAAAUGAUGGCUGAAGAUGAGGAGGAAAGCUCGGAAAAUCAAAUUAGACGAUCGCCGUUGAAAUUGCAUCCGGAAUUCGUGGCGAGUCUCUCUGGGAAUCCAGAAAUUGCGGAAGCGCUUGCAAGACUAAACUACAAAGUGGAUGAAGUGGAUGGGUUGUUGAUACCGAAAAGACGUCUAAUCAAUCCACAUCCACAGCCGGGAUUCCUUGUGCCAAGAAAGAUACCAACAAAACCAAGAAAAAUGAUUCCAAUCUUGGUGGGAGUGCCGGAUAUCGACAAUGCAAUUUCAACAGAAUGGGGAACGAUUCGGAGGGCGCCAAGUGAAAUGGAUGUAAAGCCAAUGAAAGAGUACAAAUCACGAGUGAUCGCGAAUCUCAAAAAUAACCCCAAUGUGGCUCCACUUUUUAUGAAUGAUGAUUUAGAGAGGAAAUUGAGAGGAAGAGAAAUUCUCUCUCCAGAGCAAAAGGGCCUCUUUUCUUCGCAUUCUCGACAAAUCCAUCCACGAAUGCUUGGAGCGAACACAUUGAGCUUAUCAGAUAUUGAUAAACAAGUUGUACAGACGAUGGAAGAGCGCCCAGUUCCGCCACUUUUUUGGAUUCCAAAGGGGAAACACACGAGAAUUCGAUGGACGGGUGCGCAAGAAAAAGAGAUUCCCGGAUUGGGGACAAGGCUAAUUUUCCCGUCAUUGGACCCAACUGCUCCAGCGCUUAACACCGCCAUGUCGACUCAGGGAAGGGCACGUGACGAGUGGGAUACGAUGUUCAAAAUACCAAACAAUUGGAAUCCGGGCGACGAGGUUGGCUUCAAUGUGAAGCAGAAAAGCGAGAGAUUCAUCGGCGGCACCGGGAAUUUCGAUAUGCCAGCCUCACACCUG